AUGCUUGCACAAAGGGUGAAACGUAUGGCUGCGUCUAAGACGGCAUCACGCUUGCUUAGCAAAAUAAAAGAGGGCUGUGAACUUCCACGUGAUUGUUGGAAGUGUGAAAAAGCACUGAGUUGCCUUAAACAAAAAUUCUUCUGUCCGUCAUGUUCGGCAAUUCAACCAUUGCAAGAGAACUUCUUUGACUAUUUGGGUGUACGAGCAUCAUUUGAUGUCGACACGUCUCUUAUCAAGAAGCAUUUCUUGCAGCUACAAUCUCAAAUACACCCGGAUAAAUUCACACGCUGCUCGAUGAAAGAAAAAGAGAUAUCGGAAUUUUGUUCGAGUUAUUUGAAUGAUGCAUAUCAAACAUUAACAGAGCCAUUACGUCGCGCCAAAUAUCUGCUUGAACUGAAGGGACAGUCGUGUAAUGCUGAAGAAACAACGACAAGUAAUGGUGAUUUCAUGUUGCUUAUGAUGGAAUUAAACGAAGAGGCAGAUUCACUGCAAACUGAAGAUGAAGUCAAGCGAAUGAUUGCAAAAGUUGAUGAGAAUAUCGAUCAGCUUUGUUUGCAGUUCAAGAAUCAUUUUGAAUCGCAGCAAAUGAACGCCGCCAAAGAAGAUGUGCUAAAGAUGAAUUUCUUCUAUCGAUUACGUGCCAAUCUCAAUAAGAAACUUGGAUUUUGUUGA